AUGCGGUUGGUGCUGGCAGCACUUUUUGACCCAAAUAUGGAGGAUUUCACCCCAAAAAGGGGUGGGAAUGGGGGUUCUGGAGCCCGCCCAUGGGUGCUCCGAGGACCAGCAUCAUCUGCUCCCACAGCCGAGGAGAUCGCCAUCAGCUGGCCACGGAUCACGGCGUUCGCUGAAUCCCAUCGGAGACGAGGGCUGGUGUCGGGUGUAGAAGCUGAAGGAGAACAGGGGCAACCGGAGCCCACCCAGCUCCAGCCCUCGGGGGGCUCCAGCUCCGGCGAUGGGGGGGUGAAUCCCGACCUCCGGCGCCAGCUGGGCCUGAUCCUGCAGACCGCCGGCAGGAGCCAGGUGGAGAAGAUGCUGCGGGAGCUGGUGCGGGAGCAGGGACAGGCCGGGAAGCGCCGGAGCCGCAAGAAGACCCCCAAGGAUGGAGGCACCGGCGCCGGGAGCGGGACCGAGGAGGACCCAACAGCGCAGGACAUUGAGGAACCCACAUUGGAAGAUGCUCCCCCCCACCAAAGCCAAGAGGAGCCCACUGAACCCCCCAUCGCUGGUAAAGCAUCUCCGGCAUUCCGGGCGGGUUGUUCCGAGUGCGGGACACGGAUGCGCUCCCGGAGCCCCAUGAGACGCCGGCGCUGCUCCGAGUGCGGGCGGCGCUGCCGGCAACCAGAUCGUGGUGGGGACAAGCCCCAUCGUUGUGGUGACUGCGGCAAAGGCUUCAUCCAACGUUCCGACCUGGAACGCCACCGGAGGGUCCACACCGGAGAGCGGCCGUAUCCAUGUGGAGACUGCGGGAAGAGGUUCAGCGUCAGUUCCCACCUGGAUCGGCAUCGCCAGACCCACGCCAGCGGCCCCGGUCCACCCCGUGCUCGUCCUCGAGCAUCUCCAGAAGGUUCCUCGGCUCCUCAUCGUUGUCCCGAUUGCGGGAAGAGCUUCUCCCAACGUUCCGCGUUGGCCAAGCAUCGCCAAACCCCCCGCGGCGACCGGCCCUUCGCUUGUGGCGACUGCGGCAAAGGCUUCAUCCAACGUUCCGACCUGGAACGGCACCAACGGGUUCACACCGGGGAACGGCCCUAUACGUGUCCGGAAUGCGGGAAGAGCUUCAGUGUCAGCUCCCACCUGGACCGGCACCAGAAGAUCCACGUGGCCGAGCGGGCGUCCUACCGUUGUCCCGAACAUCUCAGCAGCUUCUUGGCUGCCCAUCGCCACGGGCGCCUCUUCCAGUGUUCCCAGUGUGGGAGAUGCUUCGGUCAAGGCGCCGCAUUGUUGAAGCAUCAACGCUCGCACGGUGCUGGAGGAACCAUGGGACAAGCUCCCAAGUGUCCGGAUUGUGGCAAGAACCGAG